UGGGGUAAAUGUGUCGUGUUGGGAAGAGUCCCUAAGCAGUAUCUUGUUAUGAAAAAGUAAAAUAUUUCGUUUUAAUCGGCCUUUUGCUUAUCAUCAAAAUGGGGAAAUUAAAUGUUGUUCUUUUGAGAUACCUUUCUCGUGAUGAUUUCCGAGUUCUAACCGCCGUCGAAAUGGGAAUGAAAAAUCAUGAAAUCGUCCCAGUGAGCCUCGUCGCCUCCAUAGCUAGUCUUAGACACGGGGGAUGCAACAAAGUCCUGAGAGAAUUGGUGAAACACAAACUGAUGGCAUACGAACGAUCGAAGAUGGUCCAAGGAUAUCGACUCAAUUAUGGAGGCUAUGAUUACCUAGCACUGAAGACUCUGGCAUCACGGGAUGUUAUCACAUCUGUUGGAAAUCAAAUGGGAGUAGGCAAAGAGUCAGACAUCUACAUUGUUGCAAACGGCGAGGACGAGCAGUUUGCGUUAAAGCUGCACAGACUCGGCAGAACGUCUUUCAGAAAUUUGAAGAACAAGCGUGAUUACCACAAGCACCGGAAAAGCAUGUCCUGGCUCUAUCUGUCCCGCCUCUCCGCUAUGAAAGAGUUUGCCUAUAUGAAGGCGUUGUAUGACGAAGGAUUUCCUGUCCCGAAACCUGUGGAUUACAACAGGCAUGCCGUUGUGAUGGAGCUCAUCAAUGGUUAUCCCCUAUGUCAGGUUCGAGAGGUGGCCGACGCUUCCGCUCUGUACAGUGAGAUCAUGGAACUCAUUGUGAAGCUGGCCAACCACGGGCUCAUCCACGGAGAUUUCAACGAGUUCAACCUCAUGCUCGACGACAAGGAUCACGUCACAAUGAUCGACUUUCCCCAGAUGGUGUCCACCUCGCAUGUCAAUGCAGAAUGGUAUUUUGACCGUGAUGUGAAAUGCGUCCGAGAUUUCUUCAUAAGACGUUUCGGUUAUGAGAGCGAACUCUACCCAACUUUCAAAGACAUAAGGCGAGCGUGCUCACUGGACGUGGCGAUCUCGGCCAGCGGUUACACCAAAGCCAUGCAGCAGGACGACGAGCUGCUCCACCCAGAGGGCCCAGAGGGAGGCGAGGAACAGAGCGAGGACGAGGAGGACCCAGCGGAAGGUGGCGGUGAGCCAACUGAUCCCUGCGCGGAAGACGUCGUGGACUUGGAGGAGUACAAGCAGGCCAUGCUGGAACUGGAGGGUCUAAAACUGGGCGAGGACACUAAAGCAAGCCAGUGUGAUCCAGACAAAGACCAGACGGACGAUAACCCCGAUCACAAACAGACAGACAAGCAGCCAGACAGCCACAGCGAACGAGAACAUAAUGUGGAUGAAACUGACACUAGAACAGACGCUCUACCGGAGGAACACGGAGGCGAAGUGUGCACGACUCCCAGGAGUGAUGAAGAGCUGCAGGAGGAAGAUGAUGAGUGCCCUGACCUGGUUGACCUCUCCGCCAUCAACAAAGAAUUCAAGCCUUUCAGAGACAGUGACAGUCUGCAGCACAUUAACGAGCACAGGAGGAGGACGGACAGCGAGAGCACUGAAGCCAGCAUGGCCAGCAUCACCAGCUGCUCCACCAUUCCCCCCGAGGUGAUCAGACAGAAAGUGAAGCGGCAGCUGUCGAAGCAGCAGAAGGCCGCCAUCCGCAGGCGCCUGCAGAAGGGCGAGGCCAGCCUGGUGACCAAGGCCCGACGGGAGAACUCCAGCAACAUCAAGGGCAGCCUGGACGCCGCAGACUUCUGGGGCUGAGCCACGGAGGACUGCUGUGGCAAGCGAGGG